AUGGCACCUAAAUCGCGAGGGUCAGCCGGCAGGUUAUGGGAAAAUCUCGAUCCACCACUGUCAGAAUGGAUUCUCGAAGCAAUGUCGACAAUGGGUUUCGCCCGCAUGACCCCAGUACAAGCAUCUGCUAUUCCACUCUUUAUGAGCCAUAAAGAUGUGGUGGUAGAAGCUGUGACAGGUAGUGGAAAGACCUUGUCUUUUUUGAUACCAAUUGUGGAAAAAUUGCUGCGGUUGGAUGAGCCCAUUAAGAAACAUCAUAUUGGGUCUAUCAUUGUUGCUCCAACGAGAGAAUUGGCGUCUCAAAUCUAUAAUGUUCUCCUAUCCCUCUUGGAGUUCCAUGGCCCCUCCGCAUCCGUUAUCAAACCAGCCGAUGAGACAGAGGAAGGCGUCAAAAAAUACCCAUCUUCGACACUAAAAGUCAUCCCACAACUUCUCCUAGGCGGCACGACAACACCUGCCGAAGAUUUGAGCCAAUUUUUGAAAAGGUCGCCAAAUGUCCUUGUUGGAACACCCGGCAGACUGCUCGAGCUUCUUUCGUCACCACACGUACACUGCCCUCAAUCCUCAUUCGAAAUGCUGGUAUUUGAUGAAGCCGAUCGAUUGUUGGAUCUUGGUUUCAAGGAUGAUAUUUCGAAAAUACUUGGGAGACUUCCGAAACAGAGGCGAACAGGUUUGUUUAGUGCCAGUGUGAGCGAGGCUCUGGAUCAGAUCAUUCGAGUAGGCUUGCGGAACCCUGUCAAGAUUGCAGUGAAAGUGCGCGGGGCAUCUGGAGUGGAAGAGAAGCGUACUCCUGCUAGUUUACAAAUGACAUAUCUUGUCACACCUCCUACACACAAACUUCCCGCCGUCAAAAACAUCCUCGACGUAUUGGAACCUCGGCCACAAAAGACUAUUUUAUAUUUCUCGACAUGUGCAGGUGUCGACUACUUCCAAUAUAUAAUACCAUUAAUUCUCGGCAACGAGUUUACCGUCAUACCGCUUCAUGGGAAACACCCAGCCAAUGUGCGGCAAAAGAACUUUACUCGCUUCACCAAUUCUGUCACACCUACUGUACUCCUAACCACCGAUGUUGCGGCACGUGGAUUAGAUAUCCCAUCUGUUGACCUCGUCAUUCAGAUAGACCCUCCAUCCGACCCGAAAGCUUUCAUUCACCGCUGCGGACGAGCUGGUAGAGCGGGUCGUCGGGGACUGAGUAUCGUACUUCUCUCACCAGGCUGUGAAGAAGAUUAUGUUCCAUUUCUCGAGGUGCGAAAGACGCCAGUUACUUUAUAUGAAAAUCCGGCAUUUAAAACCACUGAUGAAGAUGCCCGCCAUGUAACGGAGAUAGCCCGAAAGGCAGUACUUUCAGACAGGUCGUACCAUGACAAAGCUCAAAAGGCAUUUGUCAGCUGGCUUCGAAGCUACAGCAAGCACCAAGCCAGCAGUAUCUUCCGUAUUGCUGACUUGGAUUGGGAGGCAUUGGGUCAUGCCUGGGGUUUAUUAAAAUUGCCCAAGAUGCCUGAAUUAAGGAAUUUCAAGGGGGAUAAGUUUCUCGGUGUGACACUUGACUGGGAUAAUUAUGCAUAUGCGGAUAAGCAGAGAGAAAAACAUCGUCUGGAAGCUCUAAAGGAAUACGAAGCAUCGAAAUUAGAUGAAAAUUCCAAGAAGCGACCUGCGGGUGAAAGUGUACCAUGGAGCCAGAACCUCGAGAAGAGGAAAGAGAGGGAACAGCGGCGAGAGAGGAAACGAGCACGGCGUGACAGGGAAAGAUGGGAUAAGAUGACCGAAGAAGAGAGACAAAAAGUUCGUGAGACCGAGGCAAUGGUUGAAAAUUUGCGAAAGGAGGCCGCGAAACGACGAGAGGCUGCCAAGGCAGCGCAAGAUAUGGAGGCAGAUGGGGGCGAAGACGAAUUCAAGGGUUUCGAUUAA